CGACCGACAUCUCGACUCGAUGAUCGGUCACAUUAAUUUUGAAUCUUGUCGCAAACGGUACAGCAAUUUUACAUGUGUUCCCACAAUUUAAAAGUGCAAGUGUUAAAUUUCUCCCGAAAUGCGGUUCCUGCUGGCAUUGGCAGCGUGCCUGCUUGCGGCGCCCACCUCUUGGACCCUCAGCUUGUACGGUUUUAAUCAGGUCAAGUACCUCGAGAAUUUGGACUUGAAGCUGGCCAAGUCCUCUGACCAGCAACAGCAGCAACUAUCCCCGGUUAUUCUUGUUCCCGGCGAUGGCGGUAGCCGUAUCGAUGCCAACCUGGACAAAACCGCCGCGGACUUUGGGUGUUACCGCAAAACGGAUCAGUUCUACGACAUCUGGCUGAACAAGGAACAGCUGGCUCCGUGGGACAUUGACUGUUGGUCGGACAACUUGCGGCUAGUGUACAACAAUGUGACCCGUAAGACGUCCAACUCGCCCGGAGUUACGAUUCGAUUCCCAGGCUGGGGUUACUCUGAAACCGUCGAGUGGAUCGAUACUUCUCACGCCGCCGUCAGUGCGUACUACGUAAAUCUGGCCAACGCUUUGGUCCAGAAUGGAUAUCAUCGCGGUGUUUCCAUUCGUGGAGCCCCGUACGACUUCCGAAAGGCACCGAAUGAAGAUGUCCACUUCCCGAUCAAGAUGCGAUUCCUGGUAGAGGAAGCUUACAUAAUCAACAACAACACACCCGUGACACUGAUUGUGCACAGCUACGGAGGUCCAAUGACGCUGAACUUCCUGCACCAGAUGAGCCAGGAGUGGAAGGACAAGUAUAUCAAGCGGAUGAUUUCGCUUGCCGGAGCCUGGGGUGGAAGCGUCAAAUCAAUGAAGGUCUACACUAUUGGAGAAGAUUUCAGCAAUACAUUCGUUCUCAGUACUCCAGUUAAGAAGAUGCUCACGUCAACGCCAUCGUUGGCCUACCUAAUGCCAAGCCCGUUGUUCUGGAAGCCCGAUCAAGUGCUGAUCAGCACGGCCAGUCGUUCGUAUACGGUUAAUGAUUACCAAGCAUUUUACGAAGGAAUCAAUCACCCGGAAGGUUGGGAAAUGUACAAGGACGUUCUGCCUUACAUCCAGGACUUCUCUCCCCCUGGCGUUGAAGUACAGUGCUACUAUGGCUCGGAUGUGAACACCAUUGAGAGACUGGACUACGGAUCAUCGUCGGACCUUACGGAUACGCCGACCCCGGUGUUUGGAGACGGCGACGGCACGGUCAACCUGCAGUCGCUUGAGGCAUGCCAGAUGUGGAUCGGACAGCAGGAGCAGCUGGUGAACGCGACCAAGUAUUCGAAGGCCGACCACAUGGGUAUCCUGGCCAACGUCGACGUGCUGCGGGAUGUGGUCACUCUGCUGGCAGGUGGCAAAUAAGCGAUUGUGAUAACAGUUGAUUGAUAUUUUUUAUGAUUGUGUGCUAACCUUGUGACAUUUUUCAAAACCAGACUUUUAAGUGUAACUCAGUAAUGUAAUUUUGUG